AUGGGUGGAAUUGAGGUAGAAGAUUGUGUUACUAUGGCACAAUUUAAUGAACUAAAGAAAAGCAUUGAAGAUAAGCAAGAUAGGUUGACACAAGAUCUUCAGGCCCUUAUGGCUGAAAUCAGAGUACGUCGCCAACCUCAUGAUGGUGCAAGCAACCAUGGUGAAGAUGGGGAAGAAAGUGAAGGAGGAGCUGCUGCUAGAAGAGCAAGAGAACAUGAAAGAAGGAACCGAGGUGCUGCACAUGGUAGAGGAAGAGGACGAGGUCUAAGAAAUGAUGACAAUGAUGAAUCUGAAGAUGUGGAUGAUGAUAACCAUUCACAAUAUCGUUUUGGUCGCCGACGUCAUAGAGGAGGCAACCAUGAGGAGAGGUUCGGAAAGCUGAAUUUUACCAUGCCAAAAUUUGAUGGCGGGUCUGAUCCUGAAGCUUAUUUCACUUGGGAGUUGAAAGUGGACAAGAUCUUUCGCCUGCAUAAUUAUUCAGAGGAGAAGAAAUUAGCAAUGGCAUCUCUUGAGUUUGAUGGAUAUGCUCUGAUAUGGUGGGAACAACUUCUCCGUGAUCGUGAAGAAGAUGGAGAAAAUCCUAUUGCUACUUGGGAUGAGAUGAAGCGAGAAAUGAGAAUUCGUUUUGUGCCGAAGCACUAUCGACGUGAUCUUUUUGAUAAAUUGCAGAAUCUGAAGCAAGGAAGUUUCUCUGUUGAAGAGUAUUAUAAAGAGAUGGAGAAGGCUAUGAUUAGAGCCAAUGUGUAUGAAGAUGAAGAGCAAACUAUUGCACGUUUUAUGGCUGGUCUACAUCGCAAUAUUCAGCGCAUUGUUGAGUUUCAGCCAUACCGUCAUCUUAUUGAUUUGGUACAUCAAGCAACCAAAGCUGAACGCCAACUGCAGCAAGAUGCUAAGAAUAGCCAGUCCUUGUCAUAUGGCACGAGGACUAUGUCAGGAGGAAGCAAGUCAAUCUCAAGGUUUGCUGCUGCACCCUCAUCGGUGAAAAACUCAAGUGGAGGCUUACGUUCUAAUGUUCAAGGUGUUUUUAGUGGGAAGAACACUGCUGCCCCAAGCAUGAGUUCUAAACCUGCAGCAUCCACCUCUACUUCAGUGGGUUCUACAGCCAAGAGUAGUGGGAUUCAGUGCUUCAAGUGUGGAGGCCGUGGGCACGUAAUUAAGGAGUGUCCAAAUAAUCGUGUGAUCAUUGUGAAUGAUAAUGGAGAAUUUGAAUCAGCUAGUGAAGAGGAAGUUGAGGAAGAGUAUGUUGAUGAAGCCCAUGAAGAAGAGGAACAUACCAGGUGUGAAUUUGAGCAAGGCACUGUUCUUGUGGUGGCUCAAAUCUUGAGUGUUCAGAUGAAGGAAGCUGAAAUUGGACAGCGACAUAAUCUUUUUCAAACCAGAGCUAAAGUGCAAGAUAAAGUAGUCAAGGUGAUCAUUGAUGGCGGGAGCUGCCAUAAUCUUGCUAGUCGUGAGAUGGUUGACAAGCUUGGUUUGAAACUACAGCGGCAUCCUCAUCCAUACUAUGUCCAAUGGUUGAAUGAUUCGGGAGAUAUCAAGAUUGGAUAUAAAGUAAAAGUUCCAUUCAAAAUUGGUGAAUAUGUUGACACAGUGGAGUGUGAUGUGGCACCCAUGUCUGUGUGCCACAUGCUGCUUGGAAGACCUUGGCAAUAUGAUCGAUAUACUCAGCAUUGUGGGAGAACAAAUCAGUACACACUAGAUUUGAAAGGGAAGAAGUUUGUACUCAAGCCUAUGACACCUCAACAAAUCAUGGCUGAGCACUUACAAAAGAAAUCUGAAAUUAGUCCAGCAAGUAAAGGAAGAGAAGAGCAAAAGGAAUUGAGUGCCAUCCCCAAUUCGGAAAAGGAAUACAAGUGGAUGAAUCAAAGGUGA